AAUUAACAAAAAGGAAACAAAAAUACAUAUGACGUGCAAUAUUAAUAGCCACAAAACAUUUUCUCAAAUUAAAAGCAAAUAACUAAAACAUUAUCAAUAGAAAUAUCGAUAUGAAUUCAAACAACAACAAAAUUACAUCAAAGCCGGCAAUUUUUAUAAAAUAUCAAGAAAGUUAACAAUAUGACCGAAAUAACGUUGGCCGUGAUCAAGCCGCAUGUACUGCGCAACACAUACGCCCUGCAGCAGAUCAAAUCCCUGAUCGAACAGAACUUUCGAGUGCUCGACCAGAAGGAGGUCCACAUUACGAAAGACCUAUCGGAUCGUUUCUAUGCGGAGCACCAGGGCAAGUUCUUCUACCACCGCCUGACCAGCUUCAUGAACAGCGGCCCCUGCCAUGCACUCAUACUGCAGUCGGAGGGCUCCAUUCAGAAGUGGCGUCGCCUGAUGGGACCCACCAAAGUGUUCAGGGCCGUCUAUACCGAACCGCAGUGCAUACGUGCGCUCUAUGGCCUCUCCGACACACGCAAUGCCUGCCAUGGAUCGGACAGCGAGGCCUCGGCCCUGCGGGAGAUUGGCAUCCUGUUUCCGGAGUUCGAUGUGCUGGCCACUGCUGACCGCCAGGCCAAAAAGGAGACGUAGUAGGGUCGUUACACUAGUCAUUUAUUAGCCAAAAGUUUGGCCCAGCCUUUUUGUAAUUAUAAGACACCAUUUGUGAAUGUUUGGAGAGCCCUUAAGUGCUGGCUUUUGUUGCAUUUUCGGUCGGCAUUGCUGCACUGCUGUAGAAUGGAACUCCCACGUGCUCCCACGUGGCAAGUACCUCUGCUCAAUCGAGAGCCGUACAGUGGCUGAUUAGCCGUAGGACUGCUGACAUUCUAAUCUCAGAAUCGAGCUGUAACUUGUCCAAGUAGAGUACCGGACCGGACCGGACCGGACCCGAUCGAGUAUUCGUAACCCAGUGCAGUGCCUCUACCAUUGUAUUUUCUGUUUUAAAAACUUUAUUUCAUUAAUUUCUGGUUUUACAUAAUACAAUUCUUUACUCAUUUAUGUUCUAUGUGGUAGGUACAUGUAUAGAUAGAGAUUUUCGAUUUGUUUCUGGUUACCGAUUUAUCUCCGUUGUAAAUAGUUUUGUAAUUGUAAUAAAAAUUAUAAAAUUUAUAAACUUAACAAAUUAUACAAAUAUCUACUCGUAUUUGUGAGUGUGUGUCUGUGUGUUUAGCUGUAGUUUCCCUAUAUAAAGAUAUAGAUAUAUAGUAGGUAUAUAUAUGUUUGUAUUGUAUAUCGGUUCAGACAAUUGAUAGAGAAGCAUCGCCAAGAAAUGGAAAACAGAAACCGAGAAAAAAAUCAAACAUUGUAAAUUCAUUUUGUGGGUGCGAGCGAGACCACACACCCGUGGCAUCUGUCUGUCUGUCUUUUUCUAACUCGUGCGCGUGGGCACAAAAAAAAACUAUAAAAAAAUCACUGAAAGGUAUUUAAAAAAAAGGAGAUUUAAUCAUCUAAACAUUUAGUUUUUAGCUCUGAAGACAACAAUUUCUCAAAGCUCUACAGACGAUGAAUAAAAAAAAAUAAAAAAUAAAAAUAUGCUGGAUAGAUUCGUAAACAAUAACCAACAAUAUUAAUAAUGUAAGUUUUUUGCUUCGUUUUGUUUUGUUUUGGUAUCUUUUUUUGCUAUUUUUUUGUUUUUGUAUUUUUUCUCAUUGCUUCCCUAGCGAUCCCUACGUUUUGUUUUUCUAUCAAUUAGAAAUCUUUAAUGCCUAUUUUGCAGUCCUACAAUUUUCACAAUUCGCACACGCGUCUCGUCUCCUUCUUCCAGUAUGAAACGUUCCUUUCGUUAUUUUGGUUUUUUUAUUUUUUAUUUUUAUUUUGUUGUUGCAUUUUCUGGUUUUUCUUCCUAUUUGUUUAUCCUUAAGUUCCCCACAUACAUAUACACAUAUAUAUUGCUAUUCCAAACAGAUCUCUAGAUCGUUCAACUUGUAUAUAACUCGAAAAAAAAAA